AUGGCUGCAAAUCGUUUAACGCCUAAUGGAUACUAUUGGUGUCUCUACCAGGUCUCUGUCAAUGUUGUCCAGCUUUCAAAGACAUUGGUCAGAGAACUCGCACGUCUCUCGGCGUCUCUGGUACUCGAAGAGACUAAUGCUGCUUUAAUGGGAGAUAGUAAAAUACUUAUAGCAAACACUUGGUUACGGCGAUGCCAUGACUAAUGACCUACAGUCAAGGUAUGAUCAAGGUGGGGGGAACGGCUACCGUAAAGACCACCAUUUACAUCUACAGGAACGACAUAGUCUGCUGGAGGCUUUGGAGUCACGGGCGAACGACCAUGAAUUGGUCUGCGACCUACUUCGAACGAACGCAGGACUCCAGUGCAAGAUCGUGGACCUUGGAGAAGACCUCGCCGAUGUGACUCGUCGUGUGGACUCUCUUGCUCCGAAUCACACAUUCUCGCGGGAUUCUGGCCCCUAUGAUCCAAGGCCUACGCCGCCUCCCUCGGACCCUGUCGAAGUGACAUCUGAUACUGAAGAUAAGCCUCCGAUCGGACGGUACAAUCUCUUCUUUGGACAUUCACGGGCUGUGCAGAAGCCAAGACAGCCUCCAGACGAAGUGCCCGAAGCUGUCCAUAACGUGCUCUCGAAUGAUCGCCCUUGGACAUCGGCUUCGAAGCGAAAAGCUGAUCAUCUGAUAGUAUCAUCGAGCGGCGCCGUCAAUACAGACACUUGA